CAUUAGGGGGUAUUGGGCAAGCCCCCUCAUGGGGAAAGAAAAAAAAAAGGUUCUGUCCUGGAAAAUUGGCCAGUGACCCCCUUUUCCUCUCCCACCCCCCAAAUCUCUCACCCUUACCCUCAGACAACGGCAGCUGACAACAGGCGGCCAGGACAGGCCAGGCCCCUCUCACUUCUGCCCCUCUUCCCGCCCCCCCCCCCCCCCCGAAGGCCACAAAAGGACAGAUGCCGAGGACAGGCUCCAGACACAGAUACCAUCUCCCUUCCCCAGGCCAGCUGCCCCAAACCCUCCCCCUGCCCGAGAUUAGUCCCCUGGGGAGGUGGGGGACAGAGCGGAGCUCUCUUGGGGGAGGGGAAGCCCGAUCCCCAACCUCCCUUCCUUUGCCCCCCUCCUCCUUCUCGCUGCGUCAAUAUCAAUUUCAGCCAGUGACCUCUCCACCAAUUUCCACAUCCCCACUCUCCCGGUCAGUUUCACCGCCAGACAUCUGUUCCAUUUCGGCCCUCCGUGGUGGCCAUUCCCACUCCCUCUGCCGGUCAAUUUCACCCCUUCUGGCGGUCAAGUCCAGUCCCUCAUUUCCCGGUCAAUUUUCCCCUCCCCUCCCCUCCUUCACUCCCUCCCUCUCCUCCUUCUCCCCUCCCCAGCUGUGUCCCUCCCAGCCGAUCCCCACCUCCCGCGCUCCGCGCUCGCUGCGGCCAGUCUCGGGAGUCUGGGUCAGUGUCCAGUUGCCGCGGCCUCGGCCCCGGAGACUCCCGCCCCCGGCCCCGCUUCCCUCCGCGGGCAGCGGCUCCCUCCCUCCCCAGAACAGCUGAAGGUCUCUGUCACCUCCGAGGGGAGCGCAGGGGGAGGGGAGGGGCGGGGGACGCGGCGGAGAGGAGGCGGGGGAGCCUUGACGCUGCUGCCCGGGACGCGGCCCGAGGCCGGUGGGAACCGGGGCGUCCUCCCGCGCGCCCCCUCCCCAGCGUCCCACCUUCCGGCCGCGCGCUGGGGGCGGCGGGGAAAGUCUCUCCGAAAGCGUGAAGGGGGAUUGGAGGAGGUUUUUAUUUCCCUUUGUGCGGGUGGCUGGGGCCGGAUCGAGGCGGCCCGGUCGGGGGCCGCGGGAUUGGGGCUCCCCGCUGAGCCCAGAGGAGCGCGACAAAGGAUGGGUCCCGCCGGGGUCACCGUCUCCGCGCCCCAACUUUGCGCGCAGUGCCCGCGCCCCUGGGGAGCCCGCCCGCUGCGCUGAGACCCCAGGCGUCCGGGCUGGGCGAGAGGCCGGGAUCGUCCGCAGGCGGCGCUGGCCCGGUCUCCGGACCCCAGAAAGGGAUCCCGGAGCUUCCCGGAGGCGGCGAGCGUUCGAUCCGCGCCGCGGAACCGCGCUGCCCGCGAAAACUCCGCGCGCCUCCGCGGAUGCCACUCGCCCUGGCCCCUAGCGCGCGGCGUUCAGGGCCCUGCGGGGCGCCCCCUUCCCCCGCGGUGCUUCCCCAGCCGGGCUAAGGUGGGCUUGUCCUCCUCCCUCCUCUGUCGCCUCGUUUUCCUCCCCCUCCUUCAUCUUUUCCUUCCCUCUAUCCAUCCAGAGCCCAGCCAAAGGGCACACCUGACCUUUCUCCUCUUUCCCUGCUCUUCCUCUCCUCCUUCUCCUCCUCCCUGGGGAAAGGGACCCGGACAAGCGCAUGUGGGGGCCCCUCUGACAGUGGCCGGAUUGGGGGUGGCAGGCGCCCAAAUGGCCAAGUGGCUACGGGACUACCUGAGCUUUGGCGGUCGGAGGCCCCCUCCGCAGCCGCCCACCCCGGACUACACCGAGAGCGACAUCCUGAGGGCCUACCGGGAGCAGAAGAACCUGGACUUCGAGGACCCCUAUGAGGACGCGGAGGGCCGCUUGGAGCCGGACCCAGCGGGCCCCGGGGACUCCAAGAACGCCGGAGAUGCCAAGUAUGGUUCUCCCAAGCACCGGCUCAUCAAGGUGGAGGCUGCGGAUAUGGCCAGAGCCAAGGCCCUUCUGGGCGGCCCCGGGGAGGAGCUGGAAGCUGACACAGAGUACUCAGACCCCUUUGAUGCCCAGCCUCAUCCUGCACCCCCAGAUGAUGGGUACAUGGAGCCCUAUGAUGCCCAGCGGGUUAUGAGUGAACUGCCUGGCAGAGGGGUGCAGCUCUAUGACACCCCUUAUGAGGAACAGGACCGAGAGACAGCGGAGGAGCCCCCUUCUGGGCAGAAGCCUCGGCAGAGCCGGAUGCCCCAGGAGGACGAACGGCCAGCAGAUGAGUAUGACCAGCCCUGGGAGUGGAAGAAAGACCACAUCUCCAGGGCGUUUGCAGUGCAGUUUGACAGUCCAGAGUGGGAAAGGACUCCAGGCCCAGCCAAGGAGCUCCGGAGACCCCCACCCAGAAGCCCCCAGCCUGCGGAGCGAGUGGACCCAGCCCUGCCCCUGGAGAAACAGCCGUGGUUCCACGGCCCCCUGAAUAGGGCGGAUGCGGAGAACCUCCUGUCCCUCUGCAAGGAAGGCAGCUACCUAGUCCGGCUCAGUGAGACCAGCCCCCAGGACUGCUCCUUGUCUCUCAGGAGCAGCCAGGGGUUCCUGCAUCUGAAGUUCUCACGGACCCGAGAGAACCAGGUGGUGCUGGGCCAGCACAGCGGGCCCUUCCCCAGCGUGCCUGAGCUGGUCCUCCACUACAGUUCCCGCCCCCUGCCCGUGCAGGGAGCUGAACAUCUGGCUCUUCUGUACCCCGUGGUCACGCAGACCCCCUGACAGCGACCCUCGGCCCCCUUUUGAGUCCUCGGGCCCAGGAUUGUAUCCCAAAGCCCUCCCCUGGCCUAGAAAAUAAAUAAGUUAUUGUUU